AUGGCAGACAACUCCGUCCACAAGACAGCGUUCCGUACCAGAUACGGCUCCUACGAAUACUUGGUGAUGCCGUUCGGACUCUGCAACGCACCAGCAACGUUUCCGGCGGAGAUGAAUCACAUCUUACGACCCCUGCUGGACGAAUGCGUGGUGGUGUACCUGGACGACAUUCUCAUCUAUUCCAAGAACAUGAAGGAGCACGUGGAGCAUCUGCGGAAGGUGUUCGAGAUCUUGCGGAAAAACAAGUUCUACGUGAAGCUGUCAAAGAGCGACUUCGCCCUGAAGAAGGUGCAGUUUCUCGGGCACAUGGUGAGUGCCGUGGGCGUACACGUGGACCCACGGAAGAUCGAAGCCGUCAAGAAGUGGAAAGUACCAGAGAACGUGAAGGAGUUACAGCAGUUCCUAGGCUUCGCCAACUACUACAACAGGUUCGUGCCGCAGUACGCUAAGAUAGCAGCGCCACUAACCGACCUACUGAAAAAGGAUACGCCCUACAAAUGGGAUACCCUUCAUCAGCAAGCCAUGGAGCACCUACAGACAGCACUGACUACAGCGCCAGUACUCAUCUUGCUGGAUCCAGACAAGGACUACGUGGUGGAAGCAGACGCUAGUGACCAAGCAGUCGGAGCAGUGCGGUGGGUGGACUUCCUGGAAACUCACUUCCACUACGACAUCGUCUACAAGCCCGGGCUACACAACAAGGCAGACGCGUUGAGCCGCCCCGGACAUGUAGCAGGCAUCCAGCUCGACCGGAUGAACCCUCUGCUCAAGGGUCUAUUCCAACAUGGGUACUUCGUGGACGCAGAGAUAACUACAGCACAGACCAAGAAGCUAUUACAGUGGGAGAAAGACUUGGCUGUAAGGAAGGGUUCAGGAAAGAUUUGGGUACCGAAUUACGCCCCGCUACGGCAGAUCCUAUUGGAGGAGUUUCACGACGUACCUUACGCGGGACAUUUCGGGAGCAACAAGACGCUAGCAGGGAUAGCGAAGUAUUACUACUGGCCCGGGAUGGCAGCAGACGUGCAGCAGUUCGUCACCUCUUGCGACACGUGCCAGCGGAUGAAGAGCAGCAAGCAGAAAAAAGCAGGGUUACUUCAGCCUCUACCCGUACCGGAGCAGCCAUGGCAGGUCGUUAGCCUCGACUUCAUCACAGGACUUCCUUCGACCUCACGGGGACAUGAUUCCAUCCUCGUGGUGAUCGAUAAGUUCUCCAAAAUGGGUCACUUCAUACCGACCAACGCCACAGCUACAGCUGAAGCAACUGCUCGACUCUUCUUCGACCGCAUCAUCACCAUCCACGGCAUCCCCGCUACACUCAUCUCAGACAGAGACCCCAAAUUCACGAGUAAGUUCUAG